GCUCCGUGCCCAUGGGGGGCUUCUCUCGGGUGUCCACGGUCCGUGUUGGGGGCGCCUGCCGAGCCCCUAGCCUCCUGGGCGCCGGAAGCUGUGGCAACAUGUCGGUGACCUCGUCCCGCUUCUCUUCGGGCUUGGGGGGCGGCUACAGCGGGGGCUACACCUGCAACCUGGGUGGGGGCUACAGCCCCAGCGUCAGCGUGUCGGAUGCCCUGCUGGGGGGCGGUGAGAAGGAGACCAUGCAGAACCUCAACGACCGCCUGGCCUCCUACCUGGAGAAGGUGCGCGCCCUGGAGGAGGCCAACGCCGACCUGGAGCUGAAGAUCCGGGACUGGUACAAGAAGCAGGGCCCCGAGCCCACCCGCGACUACAGCCAGUACUUCAAGACCAUCGAGGAGCUGAAGAGCAAGAUCCUGGCGGCCACCAUCGACAACGCCGGCCUGGUGCUGCAGAUCGACAAUGCCCGCCUGGCCGCCGAUGACUUCCGCACCAAGUACGAGACGGAGCUGAACCUGCGCAUGAGCGUGGAGGCCGACAUCAACGGCCUGCGCAGGGUGCUGGACGAGCUGACCCUGGCCAGAGCCGACCUGGAGAUGCAGAUCGAGAACCUGAAGGAGGAGCUGGCCUACCUGAGGAAGAACCACGAGGAGGAAAUGAACGCCCUGCGGGGCCAGGUGGGCGGGGACGUCAACGUGGAGAUGGACGCCGCCCCCGGCGUGGACCUGAGCCGCAUCCUCAACGAGAUGCGCGACCAGUACGAGAAGAUCGCGGAGAAGAACCGCAAGGACGCCGAGGACUGGUUCUUCAGCAAGACGGAGGAGCUGAACCGCGAGGUGGCCACCAACACCGAGGCCCUGCAGAGCGGCAGGACGGAGAUCACCGAGCUCCGCCGUUCCGUGCAGAACCUGGAGAUCGAGCUGCAGUCCCAGCUCAGCAUGAAAGCAUCGCUGGAGGGCAGCCUGGCGGAGACCGAGGCGCGCUACGGGGCCCAGCUGGCCCAGCUGCAGGGGCUCAUCGGCAGCAUCGAGCAGCAGCUGGCCGAGCUGCGCUGUGACAUGGAGCGUCAGAACCACGAGUACCAGAUCCUGCUGGACGUGAAGACGCGGCUGGAGCAGGAGAUCGCCACCUACCGCCGCCUGCUGGAGGGCGAGGACGCCCAGUGA